AAUAGUUAAGUCUUGGUUUGUCUCUUCCAGAAGAAACUCGGGUCCCCAACGUCCACGUCUAUUUAGAAGAAAGUUGCAGAACAAGUGCAUAGAUUGGUCGUCGCCCUCACCUAAUAUGUGUUUAGAAGUUUUAUCAAGCUGAAUGAAUGACAUGCGGUGUCUUGGCAUAAACUGCACUUGAACUUCCAGCCAUUUGGAGUUCCGAUUCUGGAUAGCUUUAGAGAUCAGAAAAUUCAUAAGUGAAAGCAGACUUUUACACCAAGUAACCUUUCCAAUGACUGCAAUGGACAGUAAACUUGGCAAGACAUGUCUGUAAUUUUAUCAUAGCUUAUUUGUUUGCUGGGAGCAGAAUAAAGGAAGAAGCACAGGUCAAUGCUGAGCGACUAUCCCGAAGUCGGCUCCGGGACCAAAGAAAACACUUGGGUAUUUCUCGUCACCUGGAGGUAUUCUCUUGUAACAUUACAUUAUCUCUCAGUACCCUUUGGAUUUACAGCUGAAAAACGAGGAGAAUCUACAAGAAUGCAUUCCAUGCCUCCAAAGUGCAUUUACCUGUGUUUACAGUUUCUGGUUUUCUGCUUCCAAGUAAAGGAAUCUCAUCAGGCUGCAGCAGACUUUAGGAUAUAUGUUGAAAACUACACCAGAAACCCUGAUGAUAUGAGUCGGAAACAAGUGCGUGUUUAUCAGUUAUACAGCCGGACUACAGGGAAACAUGUCCAGAUUAUGGGCAAGAAGAUAAAUGCAAAUGGAGAAGAUGGUGGCAAAUAUGCCCUUCUUGUUGUGGAGACAGACACUUUUGGUAGUCAUGUUCGGAUAAAAGGAAAAGAAACUGGGCAUUACAUCUGCAUGAACAAGAAAGGCAAGAUUGUUGGAAAGACUAAUGGAAGGAGUAGAGAAUGUGUUUUCAUUGAGGAAGUUCUGGAGAACAAUUACACUGCUUUGGUUUCUGCCAGAUUUAGAGGAUGGUAUCUUGGCUUUACCAGGAAGGGGCGGCCAAGAAAAGGCCCCACAACACAACAGUUCCAGAGGGAGGUCCAUUUUAUGAAGCGUUACCCCAAGGGGAAAGAGGAUGUUCAUAAGCCAUUCAAAUUUACUACAGUAACCAGAAGAAGCAGGAGGGCAAAGCGCUUAAAAACAAAGUCAAAAUUGUCUGCUACAAAACUCUCGCAUAAUCCUUAGUCCUCAAAGACAGUCUCUGAUCUUUUAUUCAAAGGAUAUGAGGACAAUACAAAUAUUUAUUUUUAUACUACAGAAUGACAGAACUGUACAGAGCUGACCUUUAUUUAUAUUAGACUUUAUUACUGAUGAUGGACUACUGUCUAAAAUAUGUGACUACAGACGUCAUUUUUAUUUAAUAAGACAAAAAUAAUAUUUGACUUUUCCUUUAGAUCAGGGCAUGUGCAUCUCUGUUGACAAAGUAUAUUCUGUUUUAUUUUUCCUAAAACCUUUAUCGACACAAUAACCUAGAAAAUAAGUAAUUACAAUGGAUUUAGGAAAAGAUAAGUCCAAGUCACAGACCGGAAACAAAACAGUUUUAACUUUUGAAGUGUAAAUUUUAUCAAUUUUGUAACUUAGGCAAUAAAAACACAAGACGGAGAAAAAAGUUAAUAAUAAUAAUAAUAAAGUAUAAAUGAAAGAAAGGAAGGAAGAAAAGCAUAUUCCAUUAAUUACCUAAUGUUAUCUGGCCCACAGAGAUGCUGGUAUGGACUGCUGUUGU